AUGGAAUACUUUGACGAAAAGAAAAAAUCUUUAAUCUCUGUUGCCCCUGAUAAAAGGUUUCCCAAGGAACUGUUAUCGGAAGUAUGCUACAUGGUACAUUAUAAUGGAUGGAAUUCCAAAUGGGAUGAAUGGGUACUUGUUGAACGAAUUCUUGAAUACACUAACGAGAACUUGAUGUUGAAGGAGUCUUUGGUUCUGGAGCUCCAGGAAAAAGAAAAAGCUAAACAAAAGAAGCUGGAAGAAGAAGAACACCAAAAAGAGCUUAAAAGGCUGCAAAUGAAGGUUCAGAAGAACGGACGUAAUCGCUUAAAAGCUGACAAUCACGAUAGCAUGAAAAUAAGGUUGUUGGUGAAUGGCUCAAAACUUAAUAAUGUUGUAAACAGACAUGGUGGUGAUAGUCGCAUAGGCAAACCUCAGAAAGAUAAGCAAAAGUUGAUCAGAAAUUGUAACAGCAGAAUAAAGGGAGAAUAUAGUGAAAAUGGGUCACAUUCUUUUGAAAAUGGGCUGUUGGAGACUUUACAAAAUAAACGGAAAAAAUUGAACGAGUCAUUACAUUAUGAGUCCAAAACAGGAUUCACUCACCAUGAGAUGAAAGUUUUAGUUCCUGAUGAUCUCAAAAGGAUACUGGUUGAUGAUUGGGAACAAAUCACCAAAAACAGUAAAUUAGUUGCCCUGGAUGGCGAAAAUAAUGUCGCCCGGACAUUAGAUGAUUUUAGCAAAUACAUUAAAUCAACAUUUAAUGAUGAGGAGAAAGAACUAAAUGUACUGCUGGAAAUUACAGAAUCACUAAGAAACUACUUUGAACAAUGUGUUGGUGUGUUCCUAUUGUACCGCUAUGAACGUCAUCAGUAUAAUAAAAUUUUGGAAGAUGAGGAAAGAGUCAAGAAUUUAGAUGCAAUUUAUAGCCCGAUAUUCUUAUUAAGGCUGUUGUCCAUUUUUCCUUCAAUUUUAAUGAUGAAUGGAGUUGAUGCAGCUACAAUCAAAAUCAGCAAAGCAUAUCUUGAUAUAAUAUUAAAUUGGUUGGACUUGCAUAAAACGAAGUACUUAAAGAUCGAGUACGAGAAUCAAAGUCCUUACCUAUCACUAAUUCAUAGCUAG